AUGUAUACCGGCGAAGGAAGUGACAGAAGGCAAGGAGAGCUGUACAAGGUCGAUAACGGCGAGUGUUGGAACACUGAAUCUAUCUACGACGUGACAGAAUCCCCAAAACUUGUCACUCCCGGGUUGGAUGUAGAGGCUACGACACCUGAGCAUAAUGGUACAGUCUCGUAUGCAAAGCUUAUCCGCCGCGCUCUCCUAAGUACAACAGGGGAUGGGCUAGACAUGACAGUUCAAGAGAUCUACGCAUGGCUAGAGAAGAAGACUACGAAAGUAGCUUACAUGAGCCAAAACUGGCGUGGGAGUGUGCGUCACAAUCUCAGCUUAAACAUGGCAUUCUCAUCGUACCUGAGUCAGCCAUCAAAGAGACAAGGAGGCAAAAAAGUAUGGGAAUGGCGCUUGGAACCCUUCGCGAAGAACGAAGUGACACUCCGCAAAGGAGGUCGCUGUGUCAAGAAAAUACUCAAGCCCUCUCAAGUCCUCAAGGCUUGGAUGGUUGAAGUCCUUAUGGCAUCUUACACUCUCCGCGGUCAUCACUCCGCUGUAUCUAAUGCAUCGCUUUUCCGUAUCGACAUAUGCGAGUGGGCUCGAUUGACCAGAGAUAGAAAGCUGGAUAAGUUUGUCAAGGGUGUCACGUACCUCGAUACGCUUCGAGGAAUCCAUUCGCAGGAUAAAUUCUUGUUCGAAAAGUCGACAAGUACUGUACCUGGCCGUGAGCGUAUUGCACAACUUACGAAGACAUGA